UGCAUCCGAAUAGAAACGUCAAGGCGAAAAUUGAGAAUUGAGAUCAAAGAGCAAAGGAAUAGUAGAUGGCGGGAGUGAUCCAGUGUGAUAUAAGUGAUAGAUUAGUAUAUAAAUCUUAGUGUAAAAAAUAGUUAUAAAAAUGACUAGAGCUAAAAUAGAACUCGGCGAUGUGACACCGCAUAAUAUUAAGCAAUUGAAGAAGUUGAAUACGGUCGUAUUUCCUGUAUCAUACAAUGACAAAUUUUAUAAGGAUGUGUUAGAGGCUGGAGAACUCGCCAAACUUGCAUACUAUAAUGAUAUCGUAGUAGGAGCAGUGUGCUGCAGGAUAGACACAUCAGAAAAUUCACGAAGGUUAUAUAUCAUGACCCUGGGUUGUUUAUAUCCCUACAGAAGAUUGGGUAUUGGUACCUUGAUGGUGGAGCAUGUGCUCAAAUAUGUCGAACACGAUGGAAACUUUGACAGUAUCUUUUUACAUGUCCAAGUGAACAAUGAAAGUGCAAUAGACUUUUACAAAAAGUUUGGUUUUGAAAUAGUAGAAACGAAGGAACAUUACUACAAGAGAAUAGAGCCCGCUGAUGCGCAUGUUUUGCAGAAGACAAUCAGAAGAACGAACAAUGUUUCAUUAGUCAAUGGGAAUGUGCCACACGCAAAGACGAACGGGCAUGAUUGAAUGCUAAAAUGAAACUCAAAAAAAUCUCAAUGCAGUUUUUACGCAAGUGAUACUUAAGAUAAGAUUCGUAAUCAGGUCCCGAUAACCUACAGAUUUUGAUAAAAUGAAUAUUUGAACUGUGGUUGUGGUUUUAUACAGUUGAGGCCAUAAUGUUUGUUUGAGAUAGACUUCCUAAAGUUUUACGUAAGGACUCAAGUGCUCACUGAUGAUAUUAUGUUUUAAUUGCACUGUUAAUUAAUGUAUUUUGUUUUACAUUAAUCCAAAUGGAACACAGAAUCAUGUAUAACCAUUAUGAAAAUUACCACAAUUGAACAGUAAAUAGCUCUGGUCAAACAUCUCUUAACUAAUGGAAUGCUAAAUCACUUGUUGAAUAUUUAAUGUUUUUGUAUUUAUGUAUAAUAUUAGGUUUUAAAUUAAAUUGAUUCUUCUCACUAUCUAACAAACUAUUGUUGUAAAAUAUAUUUUCGCAACAUCUAUAUUUUGUAGGAAAUUUCGUAUUUUAUUUGUAACACAGUUUAAUACUUUUAAAAGCAUGCUAUGGCUAAAGUAUUAUACAAUUUUUUUAAUAAGUAAUGAUAGAAGUUUUAUUUAAAAAAAACAAUGUGUCUUUUGCUGAAUGUUACCAAAAAGUCAAUUUCUCCUCUUACAAAAACUCAAUAAAAUAUAAUCUCUGAAUAUCUUAUUUCAAUUAGUACAAUAAACAUGUUUAACAAGA